GCCCCUCAGCAGCUGAGGUCCCCUCAGCUGCCUCUCUCCCUCCCUCAGCUCAGGCUCUUCCCUGCUGUUGCCCUCCCACCUGGGGCCUCAGCUGCACCCUGACAGGAUGCAGCAGGCGGACCACUUCUCCGAGGAGGAUUUCCGGGAGGCCUGCGAGGAGCUGGAGGCCCCAGCUCGGACAAGCCGGGGCUGGGAGACACUGGUGGAGGCAGAGGACUGCCAUGUCUACCGGCGGCUAGAUGAGCAAAGUGGACUUUAUGAGUAUAAAGCCUUUGGUAGUUUCAAGAAUUGCCCUGCAGCCCUGUGUGCAGAUGUCUAUAUGGACUUGGAAUAUAGAAAGAAAUGGGAUUCAUAUGUUAAAGAACUCUAUGAAAAAAAGAUCCAAGGGAAGAUGGUUGUCUAUUGGGAAGUGAAUUAUCCCUUUCCCAUGUACAACAGAGAUUAUGUGUAUGUUCGGGGCCGGAGGGAACUGGAUUUAAAUGGGCGGACAGUCCAUGUGAUAUUGGCUAAGAACUUCUCCACAAGUGAACUUCCAGAGAAAGAUGGAAUCGUCCGGGUCACCGAUUACAAACAAAGCCUUAUGAUUGAAAGUGAUGGCAGUAACGGGUGUAAAGUUUCCAUGUUCUACCAUGAUAACCCUGGAGGCAGCAUUCCAUCCUGGCUUAUCAACUGGGCCGCAAAGAAUGGAGUUCCAAACUUCUUGAAAGAUAUCCUGAAUGCCUGUAAAAACUACCAUAAGAAAACAUAGACGGAGGCAGCUUGAGUCCCAUUUCCAUGAACACCAUUGAGUGAUCAGGUCCUAGUGACACCACAUCAACCUUGGCUGUUUUCUUUCUCUUUCAGAGAACUGAAAGCACUCUCCAGCAUGUCUUCCCUAUUCAUGCUAGUCUUACGCUUGACUUACAAUACUUACUUCCUUUCCCACUCUCCCCACCCUAGCAACAAUUCCCCUCUCCCACAGUUGAAUCUAGGUCAGAUCAGGAAAACUCUGCUUGUUUAUAUUUCAAAAGGAAAGUCCUUACUAGGGAACACAAUUGGUCUAUUGUGCCCAUUAGAAAGGAAGAAAACAAAUCAGAAAAAAAAACAGUAUCCACACCAACCCCUGUCUCAGGAGGUAGCUUCUUGCUGAGCACAUAAGGGCUGGGGAAAGAUUCAUUUCAUUCAAAAUUGGCUUUCCUUGCACUGGAGAUUGGCCAACCUGGACCAGAAUACUUAUUGCUCUAUAAAUUGGCUUAGGAGAGGAUUUGAGAUUGUCAAUCCACUCUGUCUCAUACAAUCUCAUUCCCUCUUGGGGAAGUGUGAGAUCUUCUCAUGGUGUCAAAGCAAUACUCCAACUCCCCAUAUUUUACGGAUUUCUCUCCCUGUCCCCACCCUUCUACUUCUUUAGCAUUCAUCUAUGAGAACUCUGCCUGGUCUUCCAGAAUGUAUUUGCUAGUGUUAGUGUCCAUAGCUGACACUCCCUAGCUAGGGAUCGUGUAAAUUGAUCCCUUACACUGCAUUCUGCUGAAGUGUCCUUACAGGUGGUCAGCUCUGAGGAUAUUUAUGGAGUCUAGGAGCUGACCACUUAGCUUACUCUCAGGACCAGUUAGAUCUAUGGCCUGGUUCACUUUAAGCAUUUUAUCUCAGGGAACCUGCCAGAGUUGACUGCUCUUCCUCUCACCAGAAAACCUUAUGAACUCUGAUUUGACUAACCUGUGCCUCAAAGUUGGUUCCCAUCAGAACCAUACUCAGUUAUUAGAGAAUGAGAAGGAAAGAUAGCAGCAACCUUGGUGAUUUUCUCAGGGGCAAUAUCUACCUAACAGAAUCCUGAUUGUUGCUCGUAGAAAUCCAGGAUUGUCUGUGUUCAGAAUUACAGGAUGCAGACUGCCACAAUAUCUCAGCUUAUGUGUUUCUUCUGUGUGAAAGGGAAUUGAUUCUUUGAAGCUUGAAUUAAAACAAAUAAACAAGUAAACAAAACA